UGUGUGAGUGGUUGAGUGAGUGGGGGUGUGGCGUGACACGUGAUGCCAGCGGAAAGGCAUGCGGUCCCUGUGCACUCUGCAGGCUGAGCCAGUCUCACGACUCUCCCGCGGUGGGCGUGCGUCUCAGCUCUCCCUCUCAGCCCCCUGAGCCCCCUGAGCCGUACCCCUCUAGCCGGGACCCCUUAGGCACAGGCCAUGUCGCGAGUGGCGGUCCGCGUUGUGGGUCGACGCCUGACGGGGGCCGUGCCGAGACGAGGACUGAGCGCAGCGGCGGCGGCCCAGCACGGGGUGAAGGUGGCGGUGCUGGGAGCAGCGGGGGGCAUCGGGCAGCCGCUGUCGCUGCUGCUCAAGAUGAACGCGCGCGUGUCGCGCCUCGCGCUCUACGACAUCGCUCGUGCGCACGGCGUCGCCGUCGACCUGGGCCACAUCAACUCGCACGCCUCCGUCUCCGCGCACCAGGGCGCCAAUCAGCUGAGCGAGGCGCUGGACGGGAGCCACCUCGUCGUGGUCCCUGCGGGGGUGCCCCGGAAACCGGGGAUGACGCGCGAGGACCUCUUCACCAUGAACGCUCACAUCGUGGCGGAGCUGGCGGAGGCGUGCGCCAUCACGUGCCCCCAAGCGCUGCUCUGCAUCAUCUCCAACCUGGUGAACUCCAUGGUGCCCAUCGCAUCGGAGAUCUUCAAGAAGCACGGAGUCUACGACCCCAAGCGGAUCUUCGGGGUCACCACCCUGGACGUGGUCCGGGCCAGCGUGUUCUUGGCCGAUCUCAAGGGGCUGGACCGGUCGGCGGUGGAGGUCCCCGUGGUCGGAGGUCACGCAGGAAAGACAAUCAUCCCCCUCCUGUCCCAGAGCUUGCCCAAGGUGGAUCUCGGCCAGGAUCAGAUCGAGAUGCUGACCUCGCGCCUGCAGGAGGCCGGCACGGAGGUCGUGAAGGCCAAGGUCGGGGAAGGCUCGGCGACGCUGUCCAUGGCGCACGCGGGCGCCCGCUUUGUGUCGUCGCUGCUGGAGGCGAGCGACGGGCACAAGGGCCUCGUGGAGUGCGCCUUCGUGCGCUCCGAGGAGACGGAGGCGGCGUACCUCUCCACGCCGCUCCUGCUCGGGAAGCGCGGCGUCGAGAGGAGCAUGGGCCUGGGGCCGCUGUCGAGCUACGAGGAGAAGCUGCUGCUCGCCGCCGUGCCCGAGCUCAAGGCGGCGAUACGCGACGGCGAGGAGUUCGCGCGCAACUUCAAGUAGCGUCGCCACGAUGGCUGCGGCGUCGUCACGGCAAACGACGUCGCUCCGGCCGCAUCCUCGCUCCGGCGGCAUCCUCGCUCCAGCGGCAUCAUCGCUCCAGCGGCAUCAUCGCUCCAGCCAGCCGCAUUGUCGCUCUAGCGGCAUCAUCGCUCCAGCCAGCCGCAUCGUCGCUCUAGCGGCAUCAUCGCUCCAGCGGCACCGUCGCUCCUCUCCUUCGGACGAUGGCCGAAAGCCGGGUGGCCGUUGAAAUCCAAGGAAGUGCCGAUAUUCACUUUACAAACAGAGCAGCAGCAGCCCGUGAGAGAGAUAGUUUGGAUCGGUAGCGAUUAUAUUCGUUCAACGGUAACAAAGAUGUUUACGCGUUUUGGUUUCAAAGCCCAUGGCUCUCGUUAAUUCUAAUGAACCAUGGGAAGCGGGGGGGGGGGGCGUGCAGGCGCUGUUGUUCCGUCGCUUGCUGUGAUUGGUGACCCUUUGGGCAGUUCCACAAUUCUGGAUGUACGUUUCAGACUAAUUUCGCUUGGGUGCAAUCCUUAGUACAAUCAUGAAGUGGCCUUUUUUACAUGGGGCGUAACAUGCCAACCAAUUAGGGGACGGUAGAAACUAAUUCUCAUGACGUACGGCAGGGCCCGGGCGUACUCGGGAUGACCUUUCUCAUCCCACGCUGGGAACGGUGGUGCCUGCAGUUUUGUUGAUGCGUCAGACCAUCGACGACUCUCCCCGUAAACAAGCCACGCAGCCCGCGGGCACGAACACGGGCCACAGGGUGGCUGGCAGCAGUGCAGGGGGUGACGCUCGCGCGCCGACUCGCAGCAAGAAGGAUCUGGGUUCGGUUCGCGACACGGGCACCUUUCUCUCUGGGGUUUUCUCCUUGGAGUUUGUAUGUUCUGCCCCUGUCCUACGUGGGGUGUUUCUCUCGAUUCUUCGUUUUCUGCCCAGAGUUAAAAAACAACCCCAUACAAUGUAACUGGUUUUUGGCUAAACAUCCCCAAUGGUAAAAAUCUGAAAAUGUACACUGCAAACCACUCACUGGGAUCCCACACAGCGGCAGUAGCAACAUCGCCCCCGCGACUGUAAAAACUUAACAGGACCAA